AUGGUCCGCGUACCUCUCUUCGGAGGAGCUAUGGCCUGUCAGCUUCCAGACACUUUUAAGGAUGUGAGCACCAUCCGCCAAGUUCCCGACAACCAAGAGGUCUUCAUGGAUAUGAGCAGUGAGAGAAGCGUUGUCAUCGAGAUCGUUGAAUACCAAGAAAAUGUUUCGGACGGAGACGCAUCCAGAUUCUUUUUCUGUGAUCUGGCGAAGGAGAAUGGCGCCACAGAUGCCCAGUUAUCUAGCAGCUUCAUUUGGAAGGACGAACCUCGAAUUCCCAUCUCAGAACGACACGUGGUCAUCGUAGCGAAGGGCGUUCAGCAACUUCGUCAGGACGGCACGAAACGAGUACCUGUGGAAAUGGCUAUCAUUCGCGUUCCGGGCCACAACGCAGAAAUCCUCAUAUCUUUGUAUGGGGAGCCAUCCGAUGGCGAACCUGACGCGUCCAAAGUCGAUGCGGAGGACAGUGUAGUGUUCGAGCAGCUGAUCGGUGCCUUUGUCAUCACCGAUUACUCUCUUUUCGUCUAA